AGCAAUACCACACCGCAUAAUCGCUGCCAGGUCAAGUGCUCUCUCAGCGACAAGGGCUGGACUGCUUCGUUCUUCAUCGUUCUUUGCAACUAGGAGGUCAUUCCUGACCGUGAUGGGCUCCCAAGAACUUUUAUGUCCACCUUUUACGUGCAGCGGGGCCCCGGCGGGAGGUUGAGAGCCCGGAGCCGCGCGGGGAGGCCAAGCGGUUCUGUGUUUUCCGGGCGCAUUUUCCGAGCCCUUUUCGGCAGCGAGUUCCGACCCGAGUGUCGUUGAUAGUAAUACACCAACAAGUAACAGCCGUCGGAGGGCGUUGAGGCCGCUGAACGAGAAGUGGGUUAUCAAACAACAAAACGUUUCUUGGUUAAGCCCCCAGGAGACUGGUACCCGGCGCGAAGCAAGGUUGGGCUUCCACGGCACCUGGACGCUUCAGUGCACCAGCCCCGCCCCUGCCAACAGCACGCGCGCCCCGCCCGCUCCGCAACCGUGCCUAUAGCCAUACACCCAGCUCCAAGCGCAUACAAGUUUGACAAUGCUCGAGCAGCGCAGCGCCGGCGCCGGUAUACCCGACAUGGCGGGCGUGCAUGCACCCCCUCCAGCUGAAGCUGGCGAGCUCCUGUAUGCCUCAAGGCUCAAGACAGGGCCGGCGGGUAACGCGGCUGCGUUUGCCACGUCAGUACAACCACCCAUGCAUGGGACGGCAGCGGACAAGAGCGCGCCUGCACUGCUGACCGCACAGCGGGGCGGCAAUGGGACUCAUGCAGGGCAUGGGACGGCGCAGCCGCAGCAGCUUGUUGUUGACGCCGGCAGUGGCGGCUACGGCGGCGGCGAGGUUGACGCGCCACCGGCCGGCAUCCGCACAGCCGCGGCGGUGGCUGCGAUGGCAGCGGUCGCGCCAGCGGCAAGCGACGCUGCCGGCUUGGUGCAACAGCAGCGCCAGCAGCAGCCCUCGGAGACUGGAGCCGUCGCCUUCACUUCACCCACAGUGACCCUUGCUGGGGUGGGGCUUAGUCAUGGCGUGGCGGCUGGGCUGCCACGGCUGCCAGCAGCUGGCGACACACAGCUAGCGUGCGCCGCAAGCGCCGACACUUCAACGGCACUGCCCGGACUCCAAUGGCUUCGACCAGGCUGUUCGGAAGGGGCUGGGCACGGGGCGCCGCUGCCGCUGGUGGAGUCGGAGGUGACAGAAACCGCGGCGGCGCCUGGAGCGGCAGCGGCAGCAGCAGCGGCGGCUGGGGAUGCAGAGACGGAAGAUGAGGCGGAGACGGAGGACGCGGAUGCUGCUGCUGCUGCUAUUACUCAUGGGGCUGUACAGGUGGCGGGCGCUGGCCAGGUGGCGGCAGCGCGUGCCACUAUGCAGGACGUUGCGGAGGAGCAGGAGGCGGCGGCGGCGGCACAUGCGCCAGACCCGCGCGUGGUUGCGGCGGCACACGCGGCUCUGCCGGUGCCGUUCCGGGCGGAUGGGCCGGGGCUAGGGUUCGCAUUCGACGACGGGCCGCGCUUGCCUGGGCCUGGGGCAGCGGGGGCAGCCAGCGGCACUGGUGUUGGUGGUGGUGUUGGUGGUGUUGGUGGUGAUGGCGACCGCAGGCUACACGAGGCGGGCGCACAGGCGGCAGCUAUGGAUGCAGCAGGGGACACCGCCCGACCACCGCUGCACCCGCUGCAGUCGGAGCCGCGUGGGACUGCCGCGCCGGCGCCAGCAGAGGCAGCCCCGGGCGCCAGAGCCCAAUCACCACAACCACCACAACCGCCACAACCGCCGCAAGCGCCACAACCACCGCAACCACCGCAACCGCCUCGCGCCCAGCCGGACGACGCGGACGACGCCGAGGCAGUGGAGCUGCUGUUGUGCAUGCGGCAGACCAGCGCCGCACAGCCCAUGGACCUCGGAGACCUCGACGGGGCGGUGGCGGCCCCGGCGGCGGGGGCGGCGAGGCCGAUGACCGACGCCGGUGCCGGUCCGGGCUCCCCACACGACGUAGACACGCUCGGGUUCGGUGGCGGCGGCAGGGGAGGUGGAGAUGCCGAAGGCGCCGCGACCAGCAGCGCGGGCGGCUCUGGCAGUGCCGGCGGCGGCGGCGGGGCUGGCCGAGGGGGGCGGGGCCGGGGCCGCGGGCGGGGCCGGGGCCGGGGGCGCUGGGGCCGCGGCGGCGGCGGGCGCGGCGGGCGCGGCGCGGGUACGCCUUCCGCCCGAACCUCCGGCGCCGGGACCUCCACGCCGCAGUCCCACGAAGCGGGGUACCGCGGGCUACCGCGGCCACAUGGCAGCACGGGCGGUGACCCCCACGACCGCGACAACGACCGGGGCCCGGACGCUGAGGACGCCGCUGACGACGACGACAAUGACCAUGAAAAUGACCUGGCUGUGAACCCACUUGAGCCGCUGGGCCGCGGCCACCAGCUCCGUCGCCUGCGACCGCGACUCGACGCCGCCAUCGGCCUGGCGGCGCCGCCGCACGCGCUGCUCCCGCACCUGUCGGUGCCGCAACAUAUGGCGGCGGCGACGGCGGGCUUUGCUCCGUCUGGGCCUGGGCACCUGCACCCGGCCCUGAGCGCGCCGAUGCCGCUGUCCGCGCUUGCAACGGGCUUGAGCGGCGGCAGCGGCAGCGGCCGGCCCGCCAUCGCCGCGGCUGCAUGCAGCACCGGCAGCGGCGUUGGCGGCGGCAGCGGCAACGCCACAGGCAGCCACGUCAACCGCGCGCGGCUGCUUCAGAUCCUCAACCUUGCAACCAAGCAGCAGCAGCAACAACAGCAGCAGCAACAGCUGCAGGCGGGGGCGGCGGCCGGGCGCGGCACCAUGACUCCGGCGCGCUAUCGCGAGUCGUUGCAGCGGCUGCAGUCGCGGCGGCACCAGCUGCUUGCGCAGCAGCAGGAGAUCACGAGGCAGCUUCUGGCGAUCGAGGAGGAGGAGGCGGCGCUGAAAGCCGGGAUGGAGGAGGCGGCGAUGGCGGAGCUGGGCGCAGCGGGCGCUGGGCUUGGGCUCCUGGGCGGGGGCUUGGGCUUGGGCUUGGGCAUGGGCGUGGCAGGCGGCCGCCCCGGGCUUGGCGUGGAUGAGGAUGGGGAGGGAGGCGGCGGCAGCGGCGAGGCGGCGGAGCCGGCGGAGGGCGAGGAGGAGCAGUUGGGGCGGGGCGGCGCGGGCGUGGGCGCGGGCGUGCUGCCGUCCUGGGCGGCGGCGGCGGCGGCGCAGCUGCAUCUGCACGCGGCGCUGGGCACACCGCAGCGCUCGGCUGCACCGCAGAGGCCGCCGGCAGCAGCAACGGCACUGGCCCCGCACUCCCAGCCCAAGCCGCAGUCUCAGGCUAGGCCGCAAUCGCAGCCUCGGCCGCAGCACCGGCCGCAACAAGCGGCUCGGCAGCAGGCGGCUGAACCGCCCCUUGCGUCGGUCCCGGCUGGGCCGCUUGCGCCGCGGCAACAGCAGCAGCCACCUGCGGACCUGGUGCCGCCGGGGCUCGCCGCCUGGCCCAACAGCCGCCUGCUCGUCGCCGACGGUGGCGUUGCGGAGGACUGUGGUGCGCAGACCGCCGCAGGCAUGGACACCGGCACACCUGGUACGGAGGUGCCGGGAGCUGCUGCGGAGGCGGAGGCGGAGGCGGAGGCGGAGAUGGCGGCCGGGUUGGCGUUGCGGCAAGGUGGGGCCGCGGCGGCGCAAGCGCUGGCGGAUAUGAAGGCGGAGGGCCCUGCCGGGGACGCGCCUGCCGGCCCUGCUGGCCCGCUUGGUGCCGACGGGGCAGCAGCCGGCGGCGGCGGCGUGUUAAGCCUGGAUGCUCACCGGGGCAGCAGCGGCAGCAGUGGCAGUGGCGCCGCGGCUGGCGCACUGCGGCCGCUGCUGCAGUCGCCUAGCCGCCUGCAGCUGGAGCUGGAGCUGGGCGGGGCAUUGCGGCAGCAGGGGCAGCUUAAGCAGGAGCACGGCCAGGAGCAACCACAACAGCAGCAGCCGCACCUGCAGCAGCCGCCACCGCCGCCGCCGCCGCAGCAGCAGCAGCAGCAGCAGCAGCAGCAGCAGCAGCAGCAGCAGCAGCAGCAGCAGCAUGUGCAGCAGCCGGUCUUGGAGGCGGGCGCGUCGGAGCGCAGGGUGCGGCCGCGGCUGGGGCCAGAGGGCGGGUCCGAGGCAGCGCGGCAGCAGGCGCGCCCGCCCGGCCGCGGUGGCGAUCUAGACCCGCCACCACCUGCCGCCGCCGGCAACGUAGAAGCACUGCUGGGGUCAGCAGCCGAGCCGCCGGCAGCGUCCCUUAUUCGCCUGCAGCAGCUGCAACAGCUGCAGCAAUUGGCGGCAUUGCAGGCGCUACACCCGAAUCAGCAGCCCGGGUUGGCUGCGGCUGCGGGUGCGGCUGCUGCUGCUGCUGCUGCUGCUGCUGCGGGUGUGGAGAGUGGAGAUGCUACUGCCGAGCAGCAGCCGCAGCUGUUGGCGCAGCAAAGCCAGCUGCAGCAGCUACACCUCUUGCAGCAUAUUGCGGCGCAGCAGCAGCAGCAGCAGCAACAACAGCAGCAGCAUCAGGCGAAUAGCUUCAGGCCACAACCGCAGCUGCAGCUACAGCCUUCGCAGUCGCUACCGCUACAUUCGGCUGGCGGCGGUGGCGCGGACGGCGGCGCUGCAGAGCAGAUGGUCUCGCUGCUGCAGCGGCAGCUACUGCUGCAACAGCUCCAACAGCAGCAGCAGCAACAGCAGGCGGGCUUGGGUGUGUCACCCGCGCAGUACAGGAGCGAAGCUGAUGCCGCAAUGCUCGCGGGGCGGCGUGCGGACCUGGGCGGCGGCGGCUCACAGCCACUGCCCGCCGGCGUUGCCGCAUGUGAGGGUGGCGGCGCCGCUGCAGGCGGCGGCGGGCCUGGCCUCCGCAGCCUACCUGUGGACCUGUCCCUGCUGCCGCCUCUCAUGCAGCACCAGCUGCUACUCGGGCUCAGGCUCGGAAGGGCCGAGAGCGUCGGCAGCGGCGGUGGUGGGGCGGGGAUGGCCGGGCCCGGCGCCGGCGUCGGCGGCGGCAUGCAAGGGCUUGGGCUGCUGGGGGCGCUGGGCCCGCAUGAGUUGGGCGGCGGGCUGGAGGAUGGCGGGGGUGCGGGCGGCGGAGGCGUGCUUGCUGCCCUGCUGCCGCCGCGGCCGAGCAUCGGCGCAGGUGCAGGCGGUGUUGGGGGCGGAGACGGCAAGAAGCUGCCGGCCAAGCGCGGACGACCGAAAGGCUCGGCCAACAAUACCUCCAGUGUCUUUGACGUCGACUACUCGCUCACGCCAGCCCAGGCGCGGCUGGCGGAGGCUGCGGCGGCCGCCGCCGCCGCUGCCGCACUCACCAGCGGCACGGGUGCGGGCGCACUCACCAACGGCACGGGUGCGGCCGGCACGGCCACGAUGGUGCGAGGCGGGUCCACGGCCACGGGCAUCGGGGCCUCAGGCACCGUGGAGGUCUCCGGCAAGCGCGGCGCUUUGAAGCCGCAGCCGCAGCAGCAAAUGACGGUAGCGGGCCCGGCGGCGGUGGCGGCGGCAGCGCCUUCGCAGCCGGCACAGCCCCGAUCACAGCCAUCCCAGCCGCAGACUCAGUCGCAGCCGCAGCCGCCGCAGACGCAGCAACAACAGGUGCAAACGCCGCGGCCGCCGCAGCCGCAAACAUCACAGCCGCAGUCGGGCCGCGGCCGCAAACGCUCCUCCUCGGGCCGCGGUGCUGGCGGCAGCGGCGGCAGCGGAGGCGGCGGCGGCGGCGGCAGCGGAGGCGGCGAGGACGACUCUGACGAUGACGACGACGAAGACGAUGAUGGUUUUGAUGGACCCGAUGACGAGGGCGAGGGGCUGGGCGGCGGCGGGGGCGGCGGCAGCGGCGCCACGGGUCGCGGCCUGCCGGCGGACAUAACGUUGGCGGACCUGCGCAAAUACUUCGAGCUGCCCAACCAGGAGGCUGCCAAGCGCCUGGGCGUGAGCGGCACGCACCUGAAGCGCAAGUGCCGGCAGCUGGGCGUGCUGCGCUGGCCGCAGCGCAAGCUCAUGAGCCUGCGAGCGCUGGCGGCGUCCAUCCAGUCGGACGCGCGGCUGAAUGAGGAGAGCCGACAGGCUCUGCUGGCACAGGUGGCGCGCAACCACCAGUCCAUCAUGGACGACCCCAACGCCCCGCUGGCGGCCGGACUUAAGGUGACGCGCCAGGUGCAGUACAAGCAGACCUUCGACCGGCGCACCAAGGGCAGCGGGCCAGGAUGCGGAGGCGGAGGCGGAGGCGGAGGAGGCGGCGGGGGAGGUGAAAGUGGAAGUGGAGGCUACUAGCGGGAUGGCGCAUGCUUUAGGAGAAUCUGUGCGCCGUUUGGCGAAGCGGCGUGAGGGAGGGACUGGGUAACAUGAAAGGUAGAUGCACGAGGCGGGUCGGGCGGAUGGCGGUGUUUUGCGUUGCCGCGGCUGGCGGCGCGUGUACAGGUUGAAGCCCCGGGAUAUGAUGGGCCUGCAGACUCAUGGCUGGGGCGGGUCCCGCUGCUGCCAUAGCGCAUGGGGGGUCACCGUGCGCGGCCCACCACAGCCGCUGGGCCAGGAAGACCAGACGGUGUCGGGCGUGCGAUGGAGUGAUUGUACAUUGAUGGUAGCCUAACCACCCACCCACCCAAAUGUGCAAGGGAUGACAUGGGCAAUCAGAUGCGAGUGUGCUUCGGAAUUGUGUUGGAGUGGGAUUGGUGCGUGCAUGGUGUGUCAGCGGCGUUGUUUGCGUAGUUUGAUAUUCCCGCUUGCUGAGUCUUCAAGUCGCAUUUGUACAUGGUAGCGCAGGGAGUAAGAAAUUACACAUCGCAACAAAAGUUUGUAGUUAUGCCCCACGCGUACGUGGUUUGACAUGGUGGGCUGCCAAUCCAUUCUACCCAUACAUGGGGAGCAUCAUCAGUAUUCACCGUAUGCUGUGAGGUGCUGCGCUGAAAUUCUUCUGGGGUCGUUUGCAAUACGUAGUCUGGAUUUUGUGCAAAACCGGGACACAUGAUGGAAAGCACCGCAUGCGGCUCUGCCUAGCCCGCUCGGUGUCAGUUCCUCCGCACCAGGGGCCAUGCAUGACGCUUUGUGUGCUUGGAAUUCCACUGUAUGCCAUCACGACAAGCGAGGUCGGCAGUUGCGUAGUGGGCAUGUGGGCAUGUGGGCAGAGUCCGAGGAGGGGUCGAGGGGAGUCACGCAGCCAUGACUGCGUGUGUCAUGCCGGGCACACGCCAACCAGAGCAGGAUGUAAACUUUGAUUGUACUGUCGUGGGGCCUUCCAUCCUUUGGAGCCAGCGGGUUGAUGACUGGCGGCGUGGCGGCCGAGCACGUCGUGGCGGCAGGGUCUGAGUCAGCGAAACCGUGGCGGAGGGCUGGCUGACCUGGCAUUUUGGCGCUGACGUGUUCUCCUUGCCGCAGAAGUAGAAACCGCCCCGUUAAUUAUGACGCAUCGUGUCCCACCGCCCUGGCACGCAUGGGCAUGCACGUCCCUGCACGUCGUACCGCAAUCCCUCGGCGUGCCAGUGGUUUAAUUGUGGAAAGGGGUUGAUGUGUACGUCAGUAUGUGAUGUCUCAUGUCUAUGGAUGCGGAUUACAAUUGAAGGG